CUCAAGAGUCUCAGAGUGGAAGUGGAAGCUCGGUAUGCAUUUGGAAGUACCCUAGUUUCAUUUUCUCAGUGUAACGUUUGUGUCUUUGGACUUAUUUGGGAGAACAAUGAGCAAAACAGAGGCUGGUCCGACAGAAAUAAUGGAUAAAGAAACCCCUGCUGCUGAGAGUAAGGUGACGGAGGAGGACCAAGAGAAGAAUGGAGGAAGAGAUGUGGCAGAUGCGAAACCUGACCGCAGAGGGAGAUUUAUCCUUUUUGGUAAGAAGAAGGAUGGGAAGUUGCAAUCUACUGAAAGCCAUUUCAGGAUUGUUUCACCAACAUUCCAGUAUAAGAUGAGCCACCAGAGCCGGAGCAUUGGCAAGUGCAUCAUCAUCAACAACAAGAACUUUGAUGAUAAGACAGGGAUGAAUGUACGCAAUGGCACAGAUCGGGAUGCUGGAGAGCUGUUCAAGUGCUUUAGAAGCUUGGGUUUUGAAGUUUGCAUCUACAAUGACCAGACCUGUAAGAAUAUGGAGCGUCUACUUAAAGAAGUCUCAGAAGAGGACCACAGCGACAGGUCCUGCUUCGCCUGCAUCUUGCUGAGCCACGGCGAGGAGGGCAUGAUUUACGGCACGGAUGGAGCCAUUCCCAUCAAGAGCAUGACCUCGCUCUUCAAAGGAGACAUGUGCAAGAGCCUCGUGGGCAAGCCAAAGCUCUUUUUCAUCCAGGCUUGUCGGGGUUCAGAAUUUGAUGAUGGCAUACAGACUGACUCAGGGCCGUCCAAUGACACGAUAGAGACAGAUGCCAAUCCAAGACACAAGAUUCCGGUAGAGGCAGACUUCCUGUUCGCAUAUUCAACUGUGCCAGGUUACUACUCCUGGAGGAAUCCAGGGCGAGGGUCCUGGUUUGUCCAGGCCCUCUGUAACGUUCUUGAUGAGUUUGGCAAGCAACUUGAGAUCAUGCAGAUCCUCACACGGGUCAACUACAAGGUGGCCACCAGCUUCGAGUCCUGGUCAGAGGACCCUCGUUUUAGCGAGAAGAAACAGAUACCUUGUGUGGUGUCCAUGUUGACUAAAGAGCUCUACUUCAACUGAUCGGAGUCGACCAUCUUCACAUGCUGUGCUCCGUCUGCCUUUUCUCAGCACACACAUUUUCUUGCCAAGGACAUUAUAGUAGAACACUUUUAAUUUGUUAUCUUUUAGCAGUAAAUAUUAACAGAAUUGUUAUCCUUCUUUGUCAUUGAUCCGCCAUAAGGAGGGAAACCUCAGUCUAAUACUUGAGCAAAAUAUUUUUACGGUGCACAUUUUUGGAUGGCAGGCAGCAAAGACACAUCAGGUGUACAAAGACUGACCACUGACUGAAUUCACUCGACCAAGUGGUCACAACAUUCAAGGAUAAUCCCAGAUGGAAGUUUGUGUGUGAAAGCAAUUUUUACCUGUUAUGCUGUGCAUCCAGACACGGAAAAGGUCUUCCUCUGUGCUACUUCCUGUUCCAGUUCACUGCCUUCUCAGUGCAUGUUCUAUUUCAACUUCCUCAGAGUAUUCCAGAAAACAGUGAUGUCAUGUAUGAUCUUUGUCAACUGGCAGUGUAAAAUAUCCAUGUUGCUUUGCCAACUUUGAAAGUUUGCUGCCCUUUAUAACCUACAAGAUACAACUCUUUUUGGAUAUGAAUGAAAAAAUCUUUGUUAAAAAUGUAUACAUGGUGUUUGAAAAAGACACGCCAUACCACAAACAAAAACAAAAAAAAAAUUGCUGUUGUUCUGUUUUAUAUUUAUAAGUAGAAAAACUAUAACUCUAUUUAUAAAUGACCAUUUGUAGCAUUUCAGUUUGGUUUGGUUUGGUUUGGUUAUUCCAGAAUGCUCUUAAAAGGGGGUCAGAGAAAGAGCAUGUAUGGAAAUGGAGUGACAAAUAGUGAAGUAAUGCUGACACCUGACUGGUUUUAGAAGCUAUUCAUUUAUCCCUCGCUGGUUAGUUUGCAUUCACUGUAAAAAACUAAAUCAGAUCUUCAUGCAUCCCAUGUAUUUUGAGCACACUGUAGCUUUAAAGUCUUCAUGCAGUAUUUACUGAUGUUUUGUACCGAAUCCGUCGAUAAUCUACAGAGGCAGCUAUUGAAUUACUGGUGACCAUUUUAACCAUUUAUCAUCCAUCUGACCUAACGUGCUGUUUGAACCUGGAUGGAAGGUUCUGAUGUGUUCAGAGCUUGUCUUUGAUUUCGUCCUACAUUUUUUUUUCUUCCUUUUGGUUCUUCCUGUAUUCUCAUUCUCAGUUAUUGAUUGUUCAUUCAGAUCACACACUAAAUCUGCCAGCCUGUGCAAGCAACCAGAAAGGCCUUCUUUUCUUUAUGCAUGGAUUAUUAGUGAAGUGCUCAAACUAUAUUAAAGGAAAUGUCAGCUCCACGUUUUGAAAUGGAAAACGAUUUUUAUUUAGAAAUUUAUACCACAUCGAUUUUAAAUUUAAAUGCUUUACUGUGGUAAUAGGAAUGUUUAUAAAAAAUACUUGAUAUUUUUGGCACAAGUGCUCUGAUUUUUAUUUAAUGUUUUUACAUUGUGUCAACAUUACAUUGUAUAAAGUGGGGUUGAUUUUUGUUUAAAUUACUUCAAAUGAAUGCCUUUGUAAGCCUAAUUUUAUUGUAUUAAAAAACUUUAUUGAA